UUCAAAAUUUUGCAAAACCAAAACUUUUUAGGCGGUUUUGUGUAUGGAGGGUUACUAGUCUCGGGGUCACUUUUUGACCAAAAAACCACUAUAUAUCAUUCGAAAGGUAAUUUCAAGGGCUACAAAAAAUUGUUCUACGGCACCCCCCUCCGACGUCUAGUAUUCGAGUUAUUGAGGAAAAACAGUUUAUAGUUAAUUUUUCACUCGAUUUUUCACCAUGUAUCGCACAUUACUCCGGUUCUAUACAUUGGAUCGUCUAUCUUUAAGAUUUUAUGGGUAGUUCCAACUGUUUGCUACAUUUCAUCCGUACAUCACAAAGCGAUUCAAUGUCUGUGCUAGAAGUUAUUAGAGGGAUAAAAAAAAUUACCCUUGGCUUUGCCCCGUAAAAUUUUACCCAUUUUGCCACUUUGGAUCCUUAUAACUCGGUCAGUUUCCAAUGGAUCUUCAAUUGUAGCACAUAUUUGGAUAGAUCUGGUCAUUAGCUACCAAAAGUUAUUCUACGCCGAUGUGCUAAGUUGUCUGUGGAAAAAGUUAUUCGAGGUACAAAGACUUAACAUUUUCUCAACUUUUCCAAAAAAUUCCUCAUUUUGCCACUUUGGAUGCUUAUAACUCGGUCAGUUUCCAAUGGAUCUUCAAUUGUAGCACAUAUUUGGAUAGAUCUGGUCAUUAGCUACCAAAAGUUAUUCUACGCCGAUGUGCUAAGUUGUCUGUGGAAAAAGUUAUUCGAGGUACAAAGACUUAACAUUUUCUCAACUUUUCCAAAAAAAUUCCUCAUUUUGCCACUUUGGAUGCUUAUAACUCGGUCAGUUUCCAAUGGAUCUUCAAUUGUAGCACAUAUUUGGAUAGAUCUGGUCAUUAGCUACCAAAAGUUAUUCUACGCCGAUGUGCUAAGUUGUCUGUGGAAAAAGUUAUUCGAGGUACAAAGACUUAACAUUUUCUCAACUUUUCCAAAAAAUUCCUCAUUUUGCCACUUUGGAUGCUUAUAACUCAGUCAGUUUCCAAUGGAUCUUCAAUUGUAGCACAUAUUUGGAUAGAUCUGGUCAUUAGCUACCAAAAGUUAUUCUACGCCGAUGUGCUAAGUUGUCUGUGGAAAAAGUUAUUCGAGGUACAAAGACUUAACAUUUUCUCAACUUUUCCAAAAAAAUUCCUCAUUUUGCCACUUUGGAUGCUUAUAACUCGGUCAGUUUCCAAUGGAUCUUCAAUUGUAGCACAUAUUUGGAUAGAUCUGGUCAUUAGCUACCAAAAGUUAUUCCACGCCGAUGUGCUAAGUUGUCUGUGGAAAAAGUUAUUCGAGGUACAAAGACUUAACAUUUUCUCAACUUUUCCAAAAAAAUUCCUCAUUUUGCCACUUUGGAUGCUUAUAACUCGGACAGUUUCCAAUGGAUCUUCAAUUGUAGCACAUAUUUGGAUAGAUCUGGUCAUUAGCUACCAAAAGUUAUUCUACGCCGAUGUGCUAAGUUGUCUGUGGAAAAAGUUAUUUGAGGUACAAAGACUUAACAUUUUCUCAAUUUUUCUAAAAAAAUUCCUCAUUUUUCCACUUUGGAUGCUUAUAACUCGGUCAGUUUCCAAUGGAUCUUCAAUUGUAGCACAUAUUUGGAUAGAUCUGGUCAUUAGCUACCAAAAGUUAUUCUACGCCGAUGUGCUAAGUUGUCUGUGGAAAAAGUUAUUUGAGGUACAAAGACUUAACAUUUUCUCAACUUUUCCAAAAAAAUUCCUCAUUUUGCCACUUUGGAUGCUUAUAACUCGGACAGUUUCCAAUGGAUCUUCAAUUGUUGCACAUAUUUGGAUAGAUCUGGUCAUUAGCUACCAAAAGUUAUUCUACGCCGAUGUGCUAAGUUGUCUGUGGAAAAAGUUAUUUGAGGUACAAAGACUUAACAUUUUCUCAAUUUUUCUAAAAAAAUUCCUCAUUUUGCCACUUUGGAUGCUUAUAACUCGGUCAGUUUCCAAUGGAUCUUCAAUUGUAGCACAUAUUUGGAUAGAUCUGGUCAUUAGCUACCAAAAGUUAUUCUACGCCGAUGUGCUAAGUUGUCUGUGGAAAAAGUUAUUUGAGGUACAAAGACUUAACAUUUUCUCAACUUUUCCAAAAAAAUUCCUCAUUUUGCCACUUUGGAUGCUUAUAACUCGGACAGUUUCCAAUGGAUCUUCAAUUGUAGCACAUAUUUGGAUAGAUCUGGUCAUUAGCUACCAAAAGUUAUUCUACGCCGAUGUGCUAAGUUGUCUGUGGAAAAAGUUAUUUGAGGUACAAAGACUUAACAUUUUCUCAAUUUUUCUAAAAAAAUUCCUCAUUUUGCCACUUUGGAUGCUUAUAACUCGGUCAGUUUCCAAUGGAUCUUCAAUUGUAGCACAUAUUUGGAUAGAUCUGGUCAUUAGCUACCAAAAGUUAUGCUACGCCGAUGUGCUAAGUUGUCUGUGGAAAAAGUUAUUUGAGGUACAAAGACUUAACAUUUUCUCAACUUUUCCAAAAAAAUUCCUCAUUUUGCCACUUUGGAUGCUUAUAACUCGGACAGUUUCCAAUGGAUCUUCAAUUGUAGCACAUAUUUGGAUAGAUCUGGUCAUUAGCUACCAAAAGUUAUUCUACGCCGAUGUGCUAAGUUGUCUGUGGAAAAAGUUAUUCGAGGUACAAAGACUUAACAUUUUCUCAACUUUUCCAAAAAAUUCCUCAUUUUGCCACUUUGGAUGCUUAUAACUCGGUCAGUUUCCAAUGGAUCUUCAAUUGUAGCACAUAUUUGGAUAGAUCUGGUCAUUAGCUACCAAAAGUUAUUCUACGCCGAUGUGCUAAGUUGUCUGUGGAAAAAGUUAUUCGAGGUACAAAGACUUAACAUUUUCUCAACUUUUCCAAAAAAAUUCCUCAUUUUGCCACUUUGGAUGCUUAUAACUCGGUCAGUUUCCAAUGGAUCUUCAAUUGUAGCACAUAUUUGGAUAGAUCUGGUCAUUAGCUACCAAAAGUUAUUCUACGCCGAUGUGCUAAGUUGUCUGUGGAAAAAGUUAUUCGAGGUACAAAGACUUAACAUUUUCUCAACUUUUCCAAAAAAAUUCCUCAUUUUGCCACUUUGGAUGCUUAUAACUCGGUCAGUUUCCAAUGGAUCUUCAAUUGUAGCACAUAUUUGGAUAGAUCUGGUCAUUAGCUACCAAAAGUUAUUCUACGCCGAUGUGCUAAGUUGUCUGUGGAAAAAGUUAUUCGAGGUACAAAGACUUAACAUUUUCUCAACUUUUUCAAAAAAAUUCCUCAUUUUGCCACUUUGGAUGCUUAUAACUCGGUCAGUUUCCAAUGGAUCUUCAAUUGUAACACAGAUUUGGAUAGAUCUGCUCAUUAGCUACCAAAAGUUAUUCUACGCCGAUUUGCUAAGUUGUCUGUGGAAAAAGUUAUUCGAGGUACAAAGACUUAAAAUUUUCUCAAUUUUUGCUAAAACAUUCCUCAUUUUGCCACUUUGGAUGCUUAUAACUCGGUCAGUUUCCAAUAUAUCUUCAAUUGUAACACAGAUUUGGAAAGAUCUGCUCAUCAGCUACCAAAAGUUAUUCUACGCUGAUGUGCUAAGUUGUCUGUGGAAAAAGUUAUUUGAGGUAGAAAGACUUAACAUUUUCUAAACUUUUUCAAAAAAAUUCCUCAUUUUGCCACUUUGGAUGCUUAUAACUCGGUCAGUUUCCAAUGGAUCUUCAAUUGUAGCACAUAUUUGGAUAGAUCUGGUCAUUAGCUACCAAAAGUUAUUCUACGCCGAUGUGCUAAGUUGUCUGUGAAAAAAGUUAUUCGAGGUACAAAGACUUAACAUUUUCUCAACUUUUCCAAAAAAAUUCCUCAUUUUGCCACUUUGGAUGCUUAUAACUCGGUCAGUUUCCAAUGGAUCUUCAAUUGUAGCACAUAUUUGGAUAGAUCUGGUCAUUAGCUACCAAAAGUUAUUCUACGCCGAUGUGCUAAGUUGUCUGUGGAAAAAGUUAUUCGAGGUACAAAGACUUAACAUUUUCUCAACUUUUCCAAAAAAAAUUCCUCAUUUUGCCACUUUGGAUGCUUAUAACUCGGUCAGUUUCCAAUGGAUCUUCAAUUGUAGCACAUAUUUGGAUAGAUCUGGUCAUUAGCUACCAAAAGUUAUUCUACGCCGAUGUGCUAAGUUGUCUGUGAAAAAAGUUAUUCGAGGUACAAAGACUUAACAUUUUCUCAACUUUUCCAAAAAAAUUCCUCAUUUUGCCACUUUGGAUGCUUAUAACUCGGUCAGUUUCCAAUGGAUCUUCAAUUGUAGCACAUAUUUGGAUAGAUCUGGUCAUUAGCUACCAAAAGUUAUUCUACGCCGAUGUGCUAAGUUGUCUGUGGAAAAAGUUAUUCGAGGUACAAAGACUUAACAUUUUCUCAACUUUUCCAAAAAAAUUCCUCAUUUUGCCACUUUGGAUGCUUAUAACUCGGUCAGUUUCCAAUGGAUCUUCAAUUGUAGCACAUAUUUGGAUAGAUCUGGUCAUUAGCUACCAAAAGUUAUUCUACGCCGAUGUGCUAAGUUGUCUGUGGAAAAAGUUAUUCGAGGUACAAAGACUUAACAUUUUCUCAACUUUUCCAAAAAAAAUCCUCAUUUUGCCACUUUGGAUGCUUAUAACUCGGUCAGUUUCCAAUGGAUCUUCAAUUGUAGCAUAUAUUUGGAUAGAUCUGGUCAUUAGCUACCAAAAGUUAUUCUACGCCGAUGUGCUAAGUUGUCUGUGGAAAAAGUUAUUCGAGGUACAAAGACUUAACAUUUUCUCAACUUUUCCAAAAAAACUCCUCAUUUUGCCACUUUGGAUGCUUAUUACUCGGUCAGUUUCCAAUGGAUCUUCAAUUGUAGCACAUAUUUGGAUAGAUCUGGUCAUUAGCUACCAAAAGUUAUUCUACGCCGAUGUGCUAAGUUGUCUGUGGAAAAAGUUAUUCGAGGUACAAAGACUUAACAUUUUCUCAACUUUUCCAAAAAAAUUCCUCAUUUUGCCACUUUGGCUGCUUAUAACUCGGUCAGUUUCCUAUGGAUCUUCAAUUGUAGCACAUAUUUGGAUAGAUCUGGUCAUUAGCUACCAAAAGUUAUUCUACGCCGAUGUGCUAAGUUGUCUGUGGAAAAAGUUAUUCGAGGUACAAAGACUUAACAUUUUCUCAACUUUUCCAAAAAAAUUCCUCAUUUUGCCACUUUGGAUGCUUAUAACUCGGUCAGUUUCCAAUGGAUCUUCAAUUGUAGCACAUAUUUGGAUAGAUCUGGUCAUUAGCUACCAAAAGUUAUUCUACGCCGAUGUGCUAGGUUGUCUGUGGAAAAAGUUAUUCAAGGUACAAAGACUUAACAUUUUCUCAACUUUUCCAAAAAAAAUUCCUCAUUUUGCCACUUUGGAUGCUUAUAACUCGGUCAGUUUCCAAUGGAUCUUCAAUUGUAGCACAUAUUUGGAUAGAUCUGGUCAUUAGCUACCAAAAGUUAUUCUACGCCGAUGUGCUAAGUUGUCUGUGAAAAAAGUUAUUCGAGGUACAAAGACUUAACAUUUUCUCAACUUUUCCAAAAAAAUUCCUCAUUUUGCCACUUUGGAUGCUUAUAACUCGGUCAGUUUCCAAUGGAUCUUCAAUUGUAGCACAUAUUUGGAUAGAUCUGGUCAUUAGCUACCAAAAGUUAUUCUACGCCGAUGUGCUAAGUUGUCUGUGGAAAAAGUUAUUCGAGGUACAAAGACUUAACAUUUUCUCAACUUUUCCAAAAAAAUUCCUCAUUUUGCCACUUUGGAUGCUUAUAACUCGGUCAGUUUCCAAUGGAUCUUCAAUUGUAGCACAUAUUUGGAUAGAUCUGGUCAUUAGCUACCAAAAGUUAUUCUACGCCGAUGUGCUAAGUUGUCUGUGGAAAAAGUUAUUCGAGGUACAAAGACUUAACAUUUUCUCAACUUUUCCAAAAAAAAUCCUCAUUUUGCCACUUUGGAUGCUUAUAACUCGGUCAGUUUCCAAUGGAUCUUCAAUUGUAACACAGAUUUGGAAAGAUCUGCUCAUCAGCUACCAAAAGUUAUUCUACGCCGAUGUGCUAAGUUGUCUGUGGAAAAAGUUAUUCGAGGUACAAAGACCUAAAAUUUUCUCAAUUUUUCCUAAAAAAUUCCUCAUUUUGCCACUUUGGAUGCUUAUAACUCGGUCAGUUUCCAAUGGAUCUUCAAUUGUAGCGCAUAUUUGGAUAGAUCUGGGCAUUAGCUACCAAAAGUUAUUCUACGCCGAUGUGCUAAGUUGUCUGUGGAAAAAGUUAUUCGAGGUACAAAGACUUAACAUUUUCUCAACUUUUCCAAAAAAAAUCCUCAUUUUGCCACUUUGGAUGCUUAUAACUCGGUCAGUUUCCAAUGGAUCUUCAAUUGUAGCACAUAUUUGGAUAGAUCUGGUCAUUAGCUACCAAAAGUUAUUCUACGCCGAUGUGCUAAGUUGUCUGUGGAAAAAGUUAUUCGAGGUACAAAGACUUAAAAUUUUCUCAAUUUUUCCUAAAAAAUUCCUCAUUUUGCCACUUUGGAUGCUUAUAACUCGGUCAGUUUCCAAUGGAUCUUCAAUUGUAACACAGAUUUGGAAAGAUCUGCUCAUCAGCUACCAAAAGUUAUUCUACGCCGAUGUGCUAAGUUGUCUGUGGAAAAAGUUAUUCGAGGUACAAAGACUUAACAUUUUCUCAACUUUUCCAAAAAAUUCCUCAUUUUGCCACUUUGGAUGCUUAUAACUCGGACAGUUUCCAAUGGAUCUUCAAUUGUAGCACAUAUUUGGAUAGAUCUGGUCAUUAGCUACCAAAAGUUAUUCUACGCCGAUGUGCUAAGUUGUCUGUGGAAAAAGUUAUUUGAGAUACAAAGACUUAACAUUUUCUCAACUUUUCCAAAAAAAUUCCUCAUUUUGCCACUUUGGAUGCUUAUAACUCAGUCAGUUUCCAAUGGAUCUUCAAUUGUAGCACAUAUUUGGAUAGAUCUGGUCAUUAGCUACCAAAAGUUAUUCUACGCCGAUGUGCUAAGUUGUCUGUGGAAAAAGUUAUUCGAGGUACAAAGACUUAACAUUUUCUCAACUUUUCCAAAAAAAUUCCUCAUUUUGCCACUUUGGAUGCUUAUAACUCGGUCAGUUUCCAAUGGAUCUUCAAUUGUAGCACAUAUUUGGAUAGAUCUGGUCAUUAGCUACCAAAAGUUAUUCUACGCCGAUGUGCUAAGUUGUCUGUGGAAAAAGUUAUUCGAGGUACAAAGACUUAAAAUUUUCUCAAUUUUUCCUAAAAAAUUCCUCAUUUUGCCACUUUGGAUGCUUAUAACUCGGUCAGUUUUCAAUGGAUCUUCAAUUGUAGCACAUAUUUGGAUAGAUCUGGUCAUUAGCUACCAAAAGUUAUUCUACGCCGAUGUGCUAAGUUGUCUGUGGAAAAAGUUAUUCGAGGUACAAAGACUUAACAUUUUCUCAACUUUUCCAAAAAAAUUCCUCAUUUUGCCACUUUGGAUGCUUAUAACUCGGUCAGUUUCCAAUGGAUCUUCAAUUGUAGCACAUAUUUGGAUAGAUCUGGUCAUUAGCUACCAAAAGUUAUUCUACGCCGAUGUGCUAAGUUGUCUGUGGAAAAAGUUAUUCGAGGUACAAAGACUUAACAUUUUCUCAACUUUUCCAAAAAAAUUCCUCAUUUUGCCACUUUGGAUGCUUAUAACUCGGUCAGUUUCCAAUGGAUCUUCAAUUGUAGCGCAUAUUUGGAUAGAUCUGGUUAUUAGCUACCAAAAGUUAUUCUACGCCGAUGUGCUAAGUUGUCUGUGGAAAAAGUUAUUCGAGGUACAAAGACUUAACAUUUUCUCAACUUUUCCAAAAAAAAUCCUCAUUUUGCCACUUUGGAUGCUUAUAACUCGGUCAGUUUCCAAUGGAUCUUCAAUUGUAGCGCAUAUUUGGAUAGAUCUGGUCAUUAGCUACCAAAAGUUAUUCCACGCCGAUGUGCUAAGUUGUCUGUGAAAAAAGUUAUUCGAGGUACAAAGACUUAACAUUUUCUCAACUUUUCCAAAAAAAUUCCUCAUUUUGCCACUUUGGAUGCUUAUAACUCGGUCAGUUUCCAAUGGAUCUUCAAUUGUAGCACAUAUUUGGAAAGAUCUGCUCAUCAGCUACCAAAAGUUAUUCUACGCCGAUGUGCUAAGUUGUCUGUGGAAAAAGUUAUUCGAAAAAGUAGCUUCUAAUACUUUGAAUGGCUUAUACGAAUUGCCUACCUUCAGGCUGAUUUCUCGCGAUUCGCAUUUCAAUUUCUAUUUUUGACUAUAUCUCAGUCAUUUACCGACCGAUUUUGGAUUUUCUUUGUGAUUUUAAUAGAUCUCGAUAAAUGCAAGCUAAAAGUCUUCCACGACCAUGUGCUCCGAUGUCGGGCAAAA